ACUAUUAAAUCCUACUCGAAUUUUGCAUUAUUCAUUUUGUAUGGGAUGUGUCGGUCAUCUAUCGAUAGUACCUAUGACAUUGCGGGCCGAACUCUAAUUAUGGGCAACAACGCUUGCGUCAUCAGAUCGAGGAAGCAUAGCACAGAAGAUUUUAAUUUUUCUCAGCAGAGCUAGGGAGAAUAUAUAGCUGGAAAUGGAGGUCUCUGCUUCGGGAGAACUUCCGGCGCCGGCUGGCUCCAUUUACGACCGGCGAAGUGAGAUAAAAUCAUUUGAUGAAACAAAAACAGGGGUCAAAGGUCUCGUCGACGCCGGCGUCGUGGAGAUCCCCCGGAUGUUCUUUCACCCGCCGGAUGAUUCCAAGAAGGCGCCGGGAAACGGGGAUUCCCGGUUCGUUUUUCCGGUGAUAGAUCUCGGAGGCAUGGACGGAGACCCGAUUCGGCGGAAGGAGGUGGUGGAAGAAGUGAGGAAAGCGGCGGAGAGUUGGGGCUUCUUCGAGGCGGUAAACCAUGGGAUACCGGCGAGCGUUUUGGAGGAGAUGCUGGCAGGCGUGCGCAGAUUUUACGAGCAAGAUGAGGAGGUGAAGAAGGAGAAUUACACGCGGGACAACUCCCGGAAAAUAGUUUACAAUAGCAAUUUUGAUCUAUACUCUGCACCCGCAGCUAAUUGGAGGGAUACCUUUUUCAGCAUGAUGGCUCCUGAUCCCCCUCCUCCUGAAGAGUUGCCAGUCGUGUGCAGAGAUAUACUGGUGCAGUAUUCAAAUCACAUAAAGAUGCUUGGGUUUUCAUUGUUUGAGUUGCUGUCCGAGGCUCUUGGGCUAAACUCAAGCCAUCUAAAAGAUAUGGACUGUGCCGAGGGAGUACUUGUCCUCUGUCAUUAUUAUCCAGCAUGCCCACAGCCAGAAUUAACUUUAGGCACAAGUAAACAUGCAGACAAUGACUUCCUUACAGUGCUUUUACAAGAUCAGAUGGGAGGCCUCCAGGUUCUGCAUCAGAAUCAUUGGGUAGAUGUUCACCCUACACCUGGAGCCCUAGUUGUUAAUGUCGGCGACCUUCUUCAGCUUAUAACGAAUGACAAGUUCAAAAGUGUGGAACACAGAGUAUUGGCUAACAGUGUUGGCACGAGAGUAUCAGUGGCUUGCUUUUUUAGCACUGGCUUUUAUCCAUCCUCCAAACUCUAUAGACCAAUAAAGGAACUGCUAACAGAAGAGAAUCCUCCCAAGUAUAAGGAAACUACAGUGAGAGACUAUUGUGCCUACUUCAAUGCAAAAGGGCUUGAUGGGACCUCUGCCUUGUUGCGUUUUAGACUUUAAACAUUGCUAUGGAGAUGAAGAAGAGGGUCACAAGAUGGAUGGUGAGGAUUAGAUGAACAAGAGGAAUGUUUAGAUCAUUUGUCUUAGUAGUAUUUACACGUAUUGUUGUUGCCAUACCAUAUAUUUGUAGUUUGCCUCUUGUGUGAAGGCUUAUAAUAUUACCUUUUUAUUAUAUGGGAUCACUUUGAGUGAAAUGUACUAUUACCAUGUGUCAUUAAUAUUGCUCUAGUGACUUUGAUUUGGCUUGCA